GCGCCCCAAAGGCCGGCUUUGAGAAAGGAAGGAGUUGGUCGCGUUCUCAGGUCGUCUCGCGAGAAUUGGAGAUUGCAUCGCCACGUCAGAAACUAGCAAUCUUGGCGCCUAGGGACAGGUGCUGGAACAGACCGACUGUGAAAAGCCGCGGUCGCGUAGGCGUUUUCGGUGGGCUGGACUUCCGCCGGAAACGGGGUGGCCUGGAACCUCUCCUAGUGGAGAUUCCGCUGUUUUUUUUUCCUCUUCUGGUCGUGUCUUGGCACUGUCUGGGCCUGAGUGAAGAUGGCUUGCGCCGCCGCACGGUCCCCGGCCGACCAGGACAGGUUCAUUUGUAUCUAUCCUGCAUAUUUAAAUAACAAGAAGACCAUUGCGGAGGGGAGGCGAAUUCCCAUAAGUAAGGCUGUUGAAAAUCCUACAGCUACAGAGAUUCAAGAUGUAUGCUCAGCAGUUGGACUUAAUGUCUUUCUUGAGAAAAAUAAGAUGUACUCUAGAGAGUGGAAUCGUGAUCUUCAGUACAGGGGCAGAGUCCGAGUCCAGCUCAAACAGGAAGAUGGCAGCCUCUGUCUUGUACAGUUCCCAUCACAUUAUACAAUGAGCCUCACUUUUGGUUCCUAGGUAAGUCAGUAAUGUUGUAUGCUGCGGAAAUGAUACCUAAACUAAAAACAAGGACACAAAAAACAGGAGGCGGUGACCAAAGUCUUCAGCAAGGAGAGGGAAGUAAAAAAGGGAAAGGAAAGAAGAAGAAGUAACCUGAUAUGAGAAUCAAGGAUGUGGUACUACUGUAAGAGUAGAAUGGAGGCUUCCAAUUUGUGUCUGAAGGAAACAGAAGCUUUUUGUUUUCAUCCUUUAACUGAACUAUGAAUAUUUGUGCCUCCCAGCUUCAGCAUCCAAGUUACAGUGAAAUAAAUUUACAUCAGAAGUUGGCAUCUAGCUCUUACGCAGUUAAAAAAAAUUUUUUUUGCAUUUCAAUGCAGUUUUUGUGGAAGAAAGAAGCAUAAUUUUAGAUGGACAGUGGACUCUACCAUGUGUUACCUGAAAUCCUGUAUUUGUUUGUCGUCUUUGUAAACAUGUUUCAGUUUAGUAAGAUUUGAAAUACACAUUUUGUUCAUCUUAAGUUAAUGAAAUAAAAUUUGAAAGCGACUUUGUAGCCUUUGCUUAUGAACUAUUUAAUGCCAGUAGAGAAGAUAAAAGAGAAUAAAAUGAGUAGUGGAAGCUUAGUGUGAGCCUAAAACCAGAGGAAAGUGGUUAAAUCCUCUUGGAGACCUAUAAACAGCUAAUCUGUAGAUCAUAUUCUUUUAGUCAAUUACUGUAAUUGAAUUGUUCAGUUACUAGUUUGGAAAAUCCUGGAGUUUAAGCUUUAGAUUUGUUUGUUUUUAGACUUAAGAGCAUUAUUAUAAUUGGCAUUCUAAAAUUACCUUGCUUCAGUAUUUUGAGAUACAUUUUUCUUAAGAAACUAAAUUGGAUUGGUGAUCCUGACUUUAUUCCAAAGCACUGUUCCAAAAGUGGUGAUUUUAUGUAAAAUGUGAGAGGCUCCUUAUCUAGACUUUUUUUUUUUUUUUUUUUUUUUGUCUGCUGAGUAUCUCUUGGGGAAGCCGUCUUCUCUUGUUCCAUAUAAUUAUGGAAGAGCUAUUAAUUACAGCACUGCAUUCUGACCAGAGAAUAUGACCCAAACUGAGCCAAUGGAUUAUUUCUCAUGAAUUUUAAAUCUGGAGUAGAGACUGAAGUACAGAUCAUGAUGGGAACUAAAAUAGCUAAUGGUCUACAAGUUUGAGCUUCCUGAUUCCUGUCUUGCUGAGGCCUGGUUUAAAUUGGUGAAUGCUGUGAGCCCCUUCAUGUCCUUUAAGUCCCAGUUCCUUUAAGUUUUUAUUGCAUGAGAUCAAACAAUUCCAGGUGAUUACAAAGUGAAUGAAGCCAGGAAUUCCCAUUGUGGCUUACUUAGCAGGUUAACAGCCCAAUAUUGUCUCUGUGAGGAUAUAGGUUCAAUCCCUGCCCCUGCUCAAUGGGCUAGGAAUCCAGCAUUGCCACAAACUGCAGCACAGGUCGCAGAUGUGGCUUGAAUCCAGUGUGGCUGUGGCUUUGGUGUAGACUGGCAGCUACGGCUCCAAUUUGACCCCUGGCCCAGAAACUUCCUUAUGCUGAAGGUGCGGCAGCAAAAAAAAAUGUGAAAAUUAAAGAGUUUCGGAGCUUUGAAAGGAGUUACGCACCCAGGCUGUAUAAAGAUGAUGCAUUGGUAUGCAAGAAGAAGUACUAGGAUUGCUGCUUAGCUUUUUUCUAACAAUUUCUGUUAAUAUGUUUUAUAGUGGACAUAGUAUAGCAGUUUAUAUAUUGGACAUAAAUAAACACAGGGGUGCAAGUCGUGACUCAGAGCAGCCCUCUUGGGAAAGUACAUCAUCUACAAAUGUGUUUGGCCGUGUAACAGAAAACAGAGGCUUAAGCAGGAGUUAAUUUUUACAAAAAAAAUUGGCGGUACAUUUGCUUAGUGAUGCCCUCGUAUCUUUUUACUCCACUAUUCAUGCCAUACACUUGUAAAAGGGCUUAUACCACAUCUGACAUUUUAUCAGUAUUCCACUUUUUUCCCUCCUUGAAAGCCAAAGAUUUCUCAGAAUCCCUCCUGGCCAACUUUUGCUUAAGUUUCAUUGUCAAGAGCUGUGACACUUAGCCAUCUUCAGCUGUAAGGAAGGCUAGGAAAGUGAAAGACAGCAUUUUCAGUUCUGAAAGAGGCACCCAGGGAAGAGAGCUGUUGAGAAUGGAUACCAGCUGAGUCAACUUAAAAGAUUUGUUGCAAAAAGAUGAGGAAUCUAAAAUGGUUUAGUUAUGGCACAAUAAGGAUUGUCAGAAAAGGUUUCAGAACUAUUGCUGUAACACUGUAUUGCUGUUGCUUCACAUUGUUGUAAUCAGUGAGUAACUGCUUCUUUGCCAAUCAAGUGAAAAAUAGAAUAAUUUCUUAUGAGCAAGACUGAGCAUUGAUUCAUGUGUUGAAAUUUGUAUUUAUUUCAGUGAAUUAUGUUCACAUCCUUUGCCUUUUAAGGACUUUUAUUAUUAUCGUUGUGUAGAAAGAGCCAGCUACGGUUUUUUUGUUUUGUUUUGUUUAGCUUUUUAGGGCCACACCCACGACAUAUGGAGGUUCCCAGACUAGGGGUUGAAUCAGAGCUACAGCUGCUGGCCAACACCACAGCCACGCCAAUGCCAGAUCCCUAAGCCACUGAAUGAGGCCAGGGAUCGAACCCAAAACCUCAUGGUUCCUAGUUAGAUUUCGUUUCCCCUGUGCCAGGACCAGAACUCUGCCAGCUAGUUUUAAUUAAUAGUUUCGGUUUUAGGCAUUAACUUCCAAUCUGAAGGAGAAAAUGAUUUCAUUUUCCUCCUUUUACUAACUCUGACAGGCAUGCAUGCUUCCCUUCUUCCAUCCUACCAACUGUAUUUUAUAAUUUUAGUCACAAUUCAGAGUGUAUAUUAUUAUCCUAUAUUCCAUUCAUAGUUGAACCAUGCAGUACCUUUGCUGCUCAAAAGUGUGGUCAAGGGUCCAGCAGCACUGUUCUCUGGGAGCUUGUGAAAAUACAGUCUCUUGUCCCAGCCCAGAAUUUGAAUGCAGUUUUCAAGGUUCCCAGCUGAUCCCUGGGAACACUCAAGUAUGAUGUGAUUAUUUUUGUUUUCCUUGGGGCUAAUUAUUUUUAUUUGCUUAAUUUUCUGAAUAUUUGGCACUAACUCAGCCACAAAUCAUCAGUUGUCAAAAUGUCCUUUCAGGGAGUUCCCUAGUGGUCCAAUGGUUAGGGUUCAGCACUUUCACCUCUGCAGCCCAGGUUCAAGCCUUGGUCUGGGAACUGAGAUCCCAUAUCAAGCUGCUGCAUGCCAUGGCCAAAAAAAUACCAAAAAAUAUAUAUAUCCUUUCAAAAAUUUUGUUCAUUUACUCAGCCAUUAAAAGGAAAGAAAGAAUGGCAAUUGCAGCAACAUGGAUGGACCUAGAAAUUAUCAUGCUAAGUAAAGUUAGACAAUGAGACACCCACAUCACAUGCUGUCACUUACAUGUGGAAUCUAAAAGCCACAGUGAACUUCUUCACAGAACAGAUACUGACUCAGACUUUGAAAAACUUAAGGUUUCCAAAUGAGACAGUUUGGGGGUAGGGGGAUGCACUGAGGGUUUGGGAUGGAAGUCCUGUGAAAUUUGUUGUGAUGACUGUUGUACAACUAUAAGUGUAAUAAAAUUCAUUGAGUAAUUAAAAAAAUAAAAAU